CUGCCAAAGUUUUUCUUAAUUUGUUUAUUGACAAAAGACAAAUUCCAAAAAAGAAAAUAUUAAUAUUUCCUUAUGUUUAAUAGUAAACUAACAUAAUCUCCAUAUGUUUAUUUAAAAGGUAAAAUAUAGGUCAGUUAGAAACCGUACGUUUGCAACUAAUAAUGGCGCAGACGAAAAUUGUACCAAUAUUUGGUACAAGGCCCCCCUGCUCCCAUCCCAGUAGACUUCAGGAACGCAAGAAAAGGGCCCAGGCCCUUAAACUACAGGAACAAACCCGUAAGCCUGAAAAACCAGAGGAUUUUAUUUCAUAUGAGGACAGUGAGUCGGAAGAAGAGCCAGAAUUCAUGCUGAAACAGGCAAUGUCCACGUCCUACAAUUUCGUCGAUUACAUUAGACACAGGGAGGCGCAAACUUCAAAAAGAUGCUCGGUACUAAAAGAGUAUGGAAAUAGACACAUAUUAACCCACGAAAUGUUCAAAGAGACCCCUAUCAACUUGGGCCACAUGAACAAGGUGUUUUGUUCCCAGUGGUUAAGCGAUCGGCAAGUAGUUUUCGGAACCAAGUGCAAUAAGCUUAUGGUAUAUGAUGUGCAAACGCAUAAGUUGGACCAAAUUCCUUCGUUGAUCAGCAGAAGAAACUUGACGAGUCAAAGUAACGAACAACCUUGCGGGAUCCAUUCCGUGCAACUUAAUCCGUCCAAAAGUUUAAUGGCUACCGGCGCGAGAAACACCUGCGACGUUGCCGUUUAUAGGAUGCCCACCUUGGAUCCGGUUUGUGUGGGUGAAAAUGCCCAUAAAGAUUGGGUAUUUGAUAUGUGUUGGCUCGAUGACGAGUUUCUAGUAUCCGGUUCAAGGGACACCAAGUUAUCCCUAUGGAGAAUAACGGACGAGGUGCUGGAAGCAAAAGAGGAAAUACCCACCCAUAAGGUAAUCUCUCCUGAGGCGUUGAAGGAGUGUCGAAACGCGCAAAAAAUUAGGGCGUUAUGUUUUAAUAAAUCCUAUCAAGAGAUCGCGGCGCUAAGUUUGAACGGUUUCAUUCACAUCUGGGACGCGCAGUCUUUCAAGCAGAAAUUAUCGCGAAAAUUGCCCAGUUCCCAGGAAAACGUUUGUAUGGCCGUACAGGAGGCUGGAAACGUUUACGCCAUCGGUUGCAGGUCUUACACCCUUUUGUUAGAUUGCCGGACGUUACAGGCAAUUAAAAAGGUAAAUUCGCGGUACUCGGGGUGCGGAAUACGAUCAGCAACUUUUCAGGGCGACAUUUUAACUGUUGGCACCGGACUCGGUAUGCUUAUGUUUUACGACCUAAAGGCCGGAAAAUAUUUGGAGAGUAGCAUAAAUACAUCUAGGACUGUUAUUUUGAAGGGCAGUAAAGGAUAUGUGUUUCCCGACGAGGAAUACAUGGACAACAUCCAAAACGUGAAAUAUGUCCCGGCCAUCUACACUCACUGCUACGACUCGACCGGAACCCGAUUAUUUACCGCCGGGGGACCGUUACCGGCCACACUGACCGGCAAUUACGCCGGUCUAUGGCAAUGAGACUUCGAUAAGGAUAAAACUUUAGGAAAAUUUACUUCAUAACGUAUCGAUUUCUGAUUUAAGAGUUGUUUUUUCAUGUUCCAUAAGACUCAAAAGCGACAACGUAACAUUAAGUAAAUGGUCGAUUUCGAAUUGCACAUUGAAGCCGAUAUUUCGUCUGGUUUUCGUCAGUAUUAGUAGUAAUUGCGCCGGCCGAAAAUUACCGGUCUAUUAUUAUUCGGACGAUUUGCUCGUUAUGGUUUAUUAGGCCUGAAAAUGAGUAUAUAAAGGAGACACUUGUAUAAAUGUGAUUGAGUUUUCUUAAGAAUACUUAUUAAGGUAAAAUGAAAAAUACCUUAGUGUCCCUUCACUGGUUCCCCCAACAUGUUUUGGGCACAGCAGUGUCCAUUAUAAGCGAGAUACUAAAAGGAAUUGGUCCUGAAUAAAAGGGACUUUAAAAUCAAUAUAAGUCGCAAGUUUUACAAAUGUUUCUGGCAUCUUCCGAUUUCCCUGGAUCAAGUUGGUUUCAACGCAGAGUAUCAGCUUCAAAGAACCACUUUCUCUUAAAAUUAUCCUUUUUUUUCUUAAAAUCAAUAUUGUGUUGACUUCUUAGUAGGAGGUUGUGAUCAAUUAGGGACAAAUGUUUGCAAUUAUUAAGCCAUAAAUACCCAAUAUUACACCCAUAUAGAUAAUAUAAAUGUUUUCUUUUUAGGAUAUUUAGUCAAGUGUGUUAUGAUGAGAAAAACGCCUUUUUUUUAGUAAUUUUUUACUAAGUAUAGUAAUUAAGAUGUAACUUCACAUUCAUUGUACUAUCUGUAUCCUAUUCUGUGAUAUGAACUUAUUUUAAUAAUAUUUGAAGUUUUGCGGGAAUACUAUUGUAACUUCUAGGUUAACUGAUUAAAUAAUACUCUCUGAUAAGGUAUAGUUUGACAGGUGUGAUUAAAAAAAAACUGUUAAAAUCC